AUCUUUUCACCUACUCCUUAGUCACAAUACGUAUUUAGUAAAUUUUGUCCACCCUUUUUGGCUUUCGUCCCGUACAAUCUCCUCCCUCCCUGCUUUCAUAUCUCCAACUCGGAUAGCUGUGCUAUUCCAGGUAUGUUGCCAUUAAUUAAUAUAAAGCAUGCUGUAAUUGACGACCACAGAAUCGCAAACAACGGCUUGCUUCUUUAGUAUACUUUGGUCUGGAGAAUCGAAUCGUAACAGGAACGGAAAAGAGAAUCUGGUUAAUGGUUGAGAAUUAUUGGCAGAAGUGAAAUAACUCAAAGAGGCAUUUCGUCUUGAAGUCCAGUUCUUCAUUCUUUGCAAUUGUUCAUUGGUUCUGAAGACUAAAACUAAGAAGAAUAAGGAAAAAGAAAUAAGAGAACAAAAGACCUCCCAAGUGGAAGCAGCAUCAACUGAAUUGAAACUGAAUUGAAAUCAAAUCAAGCGGAACCAAACAGCAAGAAAUAAGAUGCCUGAUGUUCUUGGUGCCACAUUCAGUCGCACAAUCAUCGCGAUUGCUGCCGUGCUUCUUCUGAACAAUUUAAGAGUUGUGGCUAAUUCUGUCUCCACGAGUACUACCACGUCUACGUGGUGCCCAGAUGGAAGAUAUCCAAGCCAGAACGGAGAUUGUCUACUGUGCUAUGACUAUUGUCAUAGAUCCGGCUGCACAGGAGCGUCACCUUUUGUUGGACCAGGUGGUUGUCGAAACUGCUGGAAAGGUUUGGAAAUAAAUUCAACCCAUAUAAAAUGCAUUAUUCCAUAUUUGGAAGGAUGUGCUGAAGGAUAUUAUCUGAAGCAAAUACCUACGCACCAAAGCCUUCCCUUAUCUGGUUCUGAGGUGUGCCUGCGCUGUCACGAACUCUGCUCCUCGUGCCUCGGGCCGGGAGUAUCUUACUGCGUCAAGUGUAAAUACUACAAAUUAUACAACAUCUGCGUCCGUCACUGUCCUUCCGGUACACAGGCAGAUCAACAGAACCGUCGUUGUAUCGAUCCUAGCAACAAUCGAAGGCAAACAUUGAUUCGUUAUCUUUACAACUCAAAGCUGAAUACCACAACAUCACCAUCAUCAACAGCAGCAGCAUUAUCAUCGUCUACACCUCAACAGUGAUAACCAAAAACUGAAAAAUAUUUCAUUCGCGAAUAAACACUUUCAAGCAAGCAUGGAGAAUUUUGAAGUCAAGCUUUAUCAGUUUUUUCCUUUUCCUUGAUUCUUAAAUUUCUUUUUUUUUUUUUUUUUAAGGUUUGUAAUUUUCCAAAUGAUCAAAUUGAUAUUUUCAUAAAAUAAAACAAAAUUUGGAUGACGGUGUGAUCCGGAAAUCGAAAAAUCUUUGAAUAUUGAAAUAUGAAAGAAGCAUAAAAACGCAAAUUGAAAUUAAAAAAAAAUAUUUUUUCUUUGAAAUUGAAUUUAAAUUUUGAAUCGUUAAAUAAAAUUGCAUUGUAAAAAAAACAAAACAAUUGAAAUGCAUCUCAAAAAUGAAAUAAAAUUAGCGAACGUUAUUUUAAACAGCUAUCCACCAGUAUAUUUUAAUUUAUAGAUAUUUAAAAGAAAUUACCGAUGUGAUAAUUUUAACCAAAACAAAAUGAUAAAAUGAAUCGAAAACCCAAAUUGUAAUAUGAACCGAUAGCAACACAUUUCUCCGAACUUUUUAAUUAUUUACUUUCUUCUAUUUGAAAUGGGAAUUCCCACCUGAGAUAUUAUACGAUCA